UAGCCCCACCAGCCACCAGGGCAGUGUAUCCCGGGCAUCCGGUGGAGGUGGACCUGGUUUUCCGUUGAACCGGUAUGGAAGGGAGGUGAGUGAAGCCGGCGACCCAGAGGGAUAAGAAGCCAGAACGACAGGAUGGCCACACCUCCAGACAGCCCCGUCGAGGAUGUCGUCUACGAAAUCGAGACUUCCAGGGUGCCGAAGCCCAUGCCAGUCGCCCUCGAAGACCUCUGCAGGCAGACUAAGUUCACCCGUCAAGAAAUCAGGGUCAUGUACAGAGGAUUUAAACAGGAGUGCCCUGAAGGAGUCGUACAAGAAGAUGCCUUUCGAGACAUAUAUUCGAAAUUCUUCCCCCACGGAAGUGAGUACAAGAAAAAUUAAUAAACUUGAACAAAGAAAACG